GCCACCAUCUCAGUCGCAGUCACGCACAAACCGCCGACUAUGUCCUUUUCAGACGCCGCUGGGUCCUUACAUUCUAGUAUCGCGUCAGCCAGCGAGAGACUGACACUGGUGGAAUCGCACUUCAGGUUCGGGAAGAGGAUGAAGGUGGUCGUGUCGAGGAAUCUGGGUCCGGACGUUAUGCCUCUUCUGCAGGAAAGAAAAGAGCUCGAGCUUGUGGUAUGGCCCGAAGAUAGACCCUGCGAGCGCAAAUGGCUCCUUGAGAACAUCCCGGGAGCCAUUGGUGUCGUCGUGAUGCUGUCCGAGAAGAUGGACCAAGAAGCUUACGACACAGCGGGACCAAGUCUCCGGGUGAUUUCGACUAUGUCUGUGGGAUACGAGCACAUAGAUCUUCAGCUUGCAGCCCAGCGUAAUAUCAAGAUUGGAUAUACUCCAGACGUUCUGACCGACGCUGUCGCAGAUAUAUCGGUUAUGCUAGCUCUCAUGGCUGGUCGCAAUGUCAGAGAGACUACGGAGCUGGUUGGGCGCGGCGAUUGGCCGAAAACUGCCUGGGCCCCCUUUGGCUUUUGUGGCCCUCAGUUGAGCGCAAAUUGGAUACAUAACACCCGUACUGCGGGCUUCAUCGGCUUCGGUCGCAUCUCUCAGGCCACACUAACGCGGUUGAUCCCUUUCGGUUUCACCAACUGCGUCUACAUGUCGAACCCUUCGUCCAAGCCGAAUCCCGAGGCGGACGCCGAAACCGCCCGGAGAUACAACCUGCGGUCGGUCAGGCGCGUCGGCUUGGACGAGCUCGCGGCGGAGAGCGAUGUCGUUUUCGUGCUUGCCCCAGGUGGCGCCAGCACAUAUCACAUCGUGAACGAGGAUUUCCUGCGAAAGAUGAAGGAGACGGCUGUGCUGGUGAACACCGCUCGCGGGACGCUCGUCGAUUCGGACGCCCUCGCAAAGGCGCUCAGGGAGAAGUGGAUUUGGGGUGCUGGUAUAGACGUCGUAGAAGGCGAGCCCAGCGUAGGACUCGACCACCCACUCGUCAAGGAACCUCGAUGCGUAGUGCUCCCGCAUAUCGGAAGCGCUACGAUAGAAACGCGUCUGGGUAUGGCGACUACCGCUGCGAAGAACCUCCUCGGAGCGCUCUUCGAUGAGCCCAUGCCUGCGGAGCUGAAGAGAUGACUUUAUUCGUGAUGGCGUUGCAUCGCAAACGCUAAGCUAUUUUACAUAGUCGUGUCACUCCGUCAGCAUUCAUGUCAUGCAAUGUACC